GGCCCCGCCCGCCCCCGCCCCACCCCGGUCAGCUGGGUUCCGCGUCCAGCCGGCUGCGGAGCAUCCCGGGCGGCGCGAACGGCCCAGCCAUGUCCGCAGCCAUGAGGGAGAGGUUCGACCGCUUCCUGCACGAGAAGAACUGCAUGACUGAUCUCCUGGCCAAGCUCGAGGCCAAGACCGGAGUGAACCGGAGCUUCAUCGCGCUGGGUGUCAUCGGACUGGUGGCUUUGUAUCUGGUGUUCGGUUAUGGAGCCUCUCUCCUCUGCAACCUGAUAGGUUUCGGAUACCCAGCCUACAUCUCAAUGAAAGCCAUCGAGAGUCCCAACAAAGAUGACGACACCCAGUGGCUGACAUACUGGGUGGUGUACGGUGUGUUUAGCAUUGCUGAAUUCUUCUCCGAUCUCUUCCUGUCCUGGUUCCCCUUCUACUACAUGCUGAAGUGUGGCUUCCUGUUGUGGUGCAUGGCGCCCAGCCCGUCUAAUGGGGCUGAAUUGCUCUACAGGCGAAUCAUCCGUCCUGUCUUCCUGAAGCACGAGUCCCAGGUGGAUAGUGUGGUGAAGGACGUGAAGGACAAAGCCAAAGAGACUGCAGAUGCCAUCAGCAAAGAAGUCAAGAAAGCUACGGUGAACUUGCUGGGGGAUGAGAAGAAGAGCACCUGAGUCCUGGCUGGCACCCCCCCACACUCGCUCCCUUAGAGCCCCGUGUUAUGCUAGGGACAGUGGCACAGUCGUUGGAUAAUGUUGCCUUGGAAACUUGCUGAUGUAUUAAAAAUGGAAUGUGUUGUAAGCUGUUUUUCUUUUAUUGUCGUAUAUAUAGGAAACAUUUUCAAUUAAAUCUAAUGGAGUGGAUAGUACCUAAAUUUUUUAAAAAUAUUUUGCUGAGUAGGAAGACAUAUCACUAUACUCCAGGAAAUACAAACCAGGAUUGGAAAUCUCUGUCCGUAGGCCCUGUGCUCUGCGGGGCUCACCCUGCAUGCGUCUUCUUGUGCCUACAGUUAGGAAACCUUUGUGGUUGUGCUUCAUGUGGUGUAUGAUUUUAUAUAGUUCUGUGUUUUAAUGUAUCUAUGCAUAUACAUAUAUAUGGAAAAUGUUACUGUUUGGCUAGAACAUGCAUGGUGCUUUCGAGGAAGAGGCCAAGAGAGGGUGCAGAUGCCAUCUGUGACCUGUGAGACAAGAGCACCUGCCAAGGCUGGAGGUGGUGUUCUGAUGAGUGAGCUUCCAAAUAACAUUUCAGAAAGCGAUGCAAGCGAGUAAGACUUAACCCGUGAUCAACUCCAGUUCCCUGGGAAACGGUGACACCAUCUUACUUGCUCUACAUCUGAGAUGCAGAAAUGUCAGCCGAUCAUGUUUUACCUUAAAACUGGGUAACAAGUUGCCUUAGUCCUCUCCUCUCCAAACUCUUUAAAAACCAGUUCAAGGCACCUCCCAUUACAGGCGACAUUUUUUUAACACGUGAUCCCAUGUAACGUUCCAUGGGACUGGAUAACUCUGAAGUCCUCCACCUUCCAGCUGCUGCUCAUUGCAGGCUUGUGCCCCCGGUUGGCAAAACAUUUAUUCCUGUCAGCAGAGCAUUGUGCACUGAUAACAUCUGGCUCUAAGAGCAGUUUGGGCAAGUGAAGGGCAGCGGCUACCUGUCGUUGGUCCGGCAGCAGCUGGGUUAAACUUUCCACUCUUGUUUGUUUUUAUAGCAACCUCAGGAGGUCUCUGUAACUCUACAAUUUGUAAUUAUUAGCGUCCCCUUAAAAACGCUUCAGUUUUAGGUUUUGUUUUGACAGGUAGAAUAAAGUUUAGGUGACUGUCUGCAGCUUGAUCGGCCAGAGGUUUGCAGCUAAAAAUCUGCACUUUCUACCACAGGCCAGCUUUCCAGCCUUUGAGUUAGUCUGAAGUGGACUAAAAGAGUUGUCUACCAGAGUACAACACUUUCAAGACAAAUAGACAAUUAUUCUCCUUCAGAUGACUAAGAUCCCAAUAAUAUGAUAUAAAGUAUUAACAACACAAAGAGGCACUUGGUCCUACUAUAAUAUGGGUCAUAGUGUUAUUUUUCCUGGGCACAGUAGUCAUUAGGCAUCACAUAACUAAGGGGUUGUCUUCUUAGAAAAUAAGAACUAUUGUUUGGAGAAAAUCAAUUGUUAGGCUUUAAAAAUUAAAAAAAAAUAUUUACGUCCUUAUAAGUAAAAGCAUGUUUUUCUUGUUGGCAGAAUGAAAACAUCUAUAGUGUAGCACAUAGGAGAGGGUGUUACAUACAAAAGACUUUCUGUGGUGGGAUGGCCAGGCAGCAAUGUUGCUCACGAUUGCUUAGCGGCCCUGUCGGUGGACUCGCUGCUGCAGUGAAGUAAACUCUGAAAGUAAUUUUGCUACACCAGCCCCACAGCUUUCACAGUAGCGCAUACGGGGAACUCCUUUCGGGGAACUCCUUGCUACUCCUGCAGCUGUUAGUGGGAGAAAUCGUGAAUUGACUUCUGCCUGCCUGUCCUUCCCAAAUAAAAUAGUGUCAUGACUUGUUGAAAAUGAGCUGGGUUUGUGUCAGGCUAGAAACAAAGCAUUUAUUUGUACCUGAGUGGUAUUUCAAAGGCAUAUAAAGUUCCAGAAUUCUUGCUAAACUUUAAAUCUCCCGAAGAGUUCCUGCAGCAGUUGUCUCCUGGUGUCAGUCAUCUGGACCGGCAUUGCUGCUGUUUUGGGGACGAGUCCUCCAUCCACACCUGCGGAAAACAGUCAUGACCUUUAAGUAAGUUAUCGCCUGUCCUCAGAUGUGGAUAGAAGUGGCCAGUCCCUCCUUACAUGUUCCCAGACUCCCGUGGCUGCCUGAACCUGGAAAGAGUACUGAACUCCGUGUGGACUGGUCUUUCUUGUGCGUGUAUAUCUGUGACAAAGGUUACUGACUGGACAAAGUGAGAAUUAGAAGAAUUACAACAUAUACUCAAAUAAAGAUGAUGUUUGUGUGGUCUCUCAAAA